AUGAGUGACGAGUGGACCAGCGACUUGGUUGAGGGCGAAGAGAGCGAAGAGAGCGAAGAAGAUACAGUUGAGACGGUGGAGAUUAAAGGAGCCAUUGAUAAAGCCCUGCGUUCUAUCGACACAAAUGGAGACUUUGCCUAUUUCCACUCUAUAAACCGGUCGCUGAACCCUAGCCUCCAUAUCAACGGACUGGGUCGUGUGGUGGAUCUACCGCUGUCUCCGGAGGAUGCCAAAGCUGUCGUCGACCUCUGUCACAGAAGCCCGUUUGGAAAAGGGGCCGAGACCCUGGUCGACACGUCUGUCCGGAAGUGCUGGGAGCUGAACGUUGCUGAUUUUGAUCUCAAAGCCCCUGGCUGGGGGAACUAUAUGAAGAAAGUCGUCGCCGAUGUCAGCAAGGGGCUGGGGAUUGCUCAUCAGGCGGAUUCGAUCAGGGCAGAUCCUUACAAACUGCUCCUUUAUGAGGAGGGAGCAUUCUUCCUAUCGCAUCAGGAUUCUCCAAAGGCUGAUGGGAUGUUUGCUACUUUGGUCGUCUGCCUUCCCACAAAGCAUGAAGGAGGUGAAAUAAUUCUCAAGCAUGAUGACAAAAGUCUGGUAUUCAAAACUUCCACCACAUCGAGAGCUGGUUUCUCAUAUGCUGCGUGGUAUUCAGACGUUUUCCACGAGGUCCAACCGAUCACUGCGGGUUAUCGUCUGGUACUUACCUACAACUUGAUCCACGAAGGCUCAAGCGAUGUACCAAAAGCGCCCACUUCCAAGACCACGCCACUGGUCAAUGCAUUGAAACUCUGGAAAUCCCGGGUUGAAGCCGAUGGACCGGAUUUGCUCUUGUACAAGCUUUCUCACAUGUACACUGACUCCAGCCUGAGCUUUCAACGGAUGAAAGGCAAGGAUCAUCAGCGUAUGGCUGAGCUCCAGGCUGCGUGUCAAGAGUUAGGCUUCCGCCUUUAUUUGGGGAAUGUUGAACGGACAGUCACUGGAUCGUGCGAUGAAUAUCCCAACACGGAGGGAUAUUACGAGAUUGAAGAACUAAUCCAUGAUAUCACAAGCAUGAAAAAAGUAGUCGACUUGCAGGGUAACGUCAUCAGCACCAAGAUCCCCGUUAAGAAUAUCGAGUAUAUUCAAAGCCGCGUCUUACGUGGAGCCCCUACCGAUGAGGACUUUUCAGGUUACACUGGUAAUGAAGGCACUUCGGUGGCCCAUUUCUAUCGAAAUACGUCACGGGAAGAGUUCACGCAGCUUGCAAAACUAACCCUCCAUCACAAUGAAGCUUAUUACAAGAUAAAUGCGGCUUCUAAAGGUAGCUGGUUCAGGUCUAGUGAGUUCAGGAAUAAAUUUUCAGAUCCUAUCCUUAGUAUUUUGGCCCGAGGCCUCCAUAAGAUUGGAGAUUCAAAGUUAUUCGACAAUUCGAUCCAAUUACAUUCAACCUUUAUCGACCCUGAUGUCUACCCAUGUAUCGCAGAGAAUUUGGCUGGCCGUGAGUAUCCUGCCGUCAAGAAGUUCCUUGAUAAUAUCAUUCGCAAAGCUGAGGGGGAGCCCAUUAAACAAGCCACUGCUGUGGAUGACCUCGUCUCAGCUUGCCUUGCUCUUCCAGAUGAUAAAAGACCGGCAGAAUGGGAUGACUUGCUAAAUUGGAAGAAAGCCAAGUUGCUCUCUAUUCUGCCAAAAUUUCGAGGCGGCGACAAAGCCGAAGGAGAUCCCAUUGUCCGCAUCAUUGAGUUAUAUCCAGCAAUCGAUAAACUAAAAGAGACAUUGAAGCUAAGAAAACAGGUAGCAGGUUGUGGUGUCGUGGCAUCUUAUCUUUCAGUCUUGGGGGAUUCCUUUUUAAAAGGAAAGCUUGUUUUGGAAGGAUUCUCCUCCUUUUAUCAGUCUGCGAUCACAGAUCUGAUGGAAGACUUCGAUCUGGGCCAAGGCACGAUCGAUAAACGUGUGUCGUACUCUGGACCUGUUAGGGUAUGUCUUGAGUUGGACCGCUCGGCAGUUGAUAGUCAUGAUUUGAUCAAGGUCUACCGGAAUUGUCAAUCUCUCGAUAUAUCCACAUCCAUUCUUCAUGUUGGUAUUCUCAGAGCUGUGAGGAACUGCAAGACACUCAACCUAGCCUUUACCGAGAUACUCGUCCCAUUUCUUCGAUAUAUAGUGUUAAACCCACAAAUUCCACCGGAUCGUGAGGACAGGUCUCCGGAAACCAGUUUUGUUCUCAGGCUGAUAUUGGAAUAUCUCUUGAUAUUCGUUAAGCCGAGAAAUCAAGCUACGUCAAGCUGGGCACGCCCAGCAAACUCAGCCUGCUCAUGUGGCGAUUGUCGUGAACUCAAUGCUUUUUUGACAAGCUCAGUUCAAGAGUCACUGGAGCUCAAGAUUUCUUCAGGCCGUCGGGCUCACAUCCACCAGAAACUCAAUAAUGAUCCAACCAUCAGCCAUGAGACCCGUCGGGUGGGUAGCCCGUUCACAUUGGUGAUUACCAAGCUUGGCAACCCGGCUACGAUGUGGAAGAGUAGAGCAGUUGACGCCGUGAAGAAUAUCAACAACAUUGGUUCUGCCUCUGAGGUGGAGGCCUUGGUUGGAUCUAGCGCAUAUAAAUCACUUAUGGCUCUGGAUAUUGUCAUCAAGGGAGGCUCAGUGGAUGACUAUGUUGGGAGUGCAGAUACCAGUGGGAGGAAACGCUCGGCAACUUCAGAGCUCAACCCCGGUGAAGGCCCCAGCAGACGGCAAUUUGAGGUGAUUGAUUUGACAAAAUAA